AUGGAAGCCACCAAGAAGGUGGGGGGCCCUGAUCCAUCGGGCCCCCAGGGCCAUCCCCUGCUUGGCAGCCAGCAGCUAAGGGGUGGCUUCAGAGGGUCUCAGGGACCAUGGAUGAGCUCAAGAUUCCUAUACUCGAAGCAGGGGUUGUCAUUGUCCACUGGGGCCAUCGCUGACGCGACCUGCGGCUCAACCUCCCAGGCUGCCCCUUCUCAGCCUAUUCACCAACCACUCCAGGAUUCUGCUCAGGUCAGCUCCCAGUGUAAUUAUGCACAGGCCUCCCAAGACAUCUCGAGAUUCUCCUCUUCUAAACCAUUUCCAAACCUCACCGUGGGAACCCAGGAGCAUCUCCUCAUGGACGAUGGGACUCAGACUCUACCACUGUGCAUGAACAAUGACAGCACCAAUGACAAAGCCCAGUAUGGAUUCAACCUCUCCCAGAGUCACUUACAGAUUGGGAGGGAGAGCAAGGCUCCAGCUAAAGUUCUGAUAGGCUGGGGCAAAGGAACCUGUAACAUUGGCCAGACGGCCCCUGUGGGUCCCAGGAAGAGCCGAUGGCUCCCCUACCUCCUCUUAGGAGAGAGUGGCACAGUUGAAGGUCAAGAUCCUCUUGUGACUCUGGUUCAGGCUCCAGUCCAAGAUCAGGGGCAGGACAAGGGUCCAGAUCUGGCUCAGGCUCCUAGCCUAAAUAAGACAACUUCAUCAUUAUUACCUCUUCUCACCUCAAUUCAAGCUUCUACUCCAGCUGUCAAUGGAACACCAAUACCUGCUGCAGUUGAACCUUACACCUCUAAUCCCGACUACCUGACUCAUACCACUGUGGCCACUAAAGACCUGCCUCUUGAUCUCAAGAAUGAUGGCAACCAAUUGCUCACCCUCUUAGAUUCUUUCAAAAAGGACAAAGGGGGUUUUUCCCUUAAGGAGACUCCUCCCACUCCAAUACCUACUCCAGUAGACUUUCCAGCCCACACCAAGGAGCAAGAGGUUAACAAGAUGCAGGCGCCACCCAAGCAAUCUGAGGAUCCUGUAAAGAAGUCUCUGGUCCAUGCUUCCAGGCUAGAUACCUCCACACCAGCCUUAGAGUCUCUAGUUGCUCUCAAGACCCAGAGAAGUAGCCACAAGAUUUGCAGCUCUCAGCCAGACAAGCAGGCCCCCAAUGUUUGCAACAACAACAACUGUUCCAAUGUGCCACUGCCCGCCAAUCAUGGAAUCUGCAACAAGCAGUCCCCACCCCAGGCUCCCAGAGAAGCCAUGCAGAUUCCCAUUUCUAGUGCUCCAACCUGCCAGCUCCAGGAUGCUGUAGAAGACCAUGUGCUGGUAUUUGAUAUAGCCACAGGCAGCACCAGGAUGGGGCUGCUAUGCCAUGAUCCCACGGGCUCACGGGCAGUGCUUGUAGGCCUCACGCCCAACCAUCCAUCGACUCGUACCUCUGAAAAUAUGCUGUCUUCUCGGCCAUUGUCUAGGCCAAUCCUCUCCCCUAACAGUGACCACCCCAGCCUGUGGUCCACCACAGCCAUGUUGUCUAGCCCUGUGCCCUCCAGCCUCUCAGCUGCAAGCUACCCAGAGGUAACCCUGGUUUCCAAAGAGGCCAGGCACAACCUACAGCCACAUAAUUCCCCUGGCACUGAGACCCCUAUCAGGAUGCUUGCUAGACCUGUUGUACCAGGGACACCCCUCCAAUAUGGUGAAAAGAUACCAGUCCAAGGUCCUGAUUCUAGCUGGUCCAAAUCUGAGGCUGAAAAGAUUAACCCUAGCCACACCAUCUGGAUGCUGGACUCUCCCAGAAUGCAAGGCAGUUCCAUGGUCCAGACUAGGAAAUCGCAGUGGAUAAAGCCAGAUACUGCUUCAACAGCCGAUACCCAGAGAGUAUCCAGAUCUCCACUCCAGGAGGAAGCAGGCAGCAAUAACCAGAAAGAGGUCAAUUCUGCUCAGCCUAGUGGCCCUCAGGCUGAAGAUACUAAGCCGACCUUCCUCACUGGUCAGAGUUUCCUCAAUGGGCAGAGCCUCCUUGCUAGACAGCUACCUGUAGCUGAGCAGGGCUCCCUAUCUGGUCAGCCCCCGAUUACUAGUCUACCUCAUCUCUAUGAGCAGACUCCUCUUUCCAGACAACUUUCCCUCCCCAGACAGGUACCUCUCACAGUGAAGUCCCCCACCACCAAUGAGCCCACCUUCACCUCUGGGGAGUGUGGCCAGCUCUCCACCCAGGGGAGUGAGUCCUUGGGCAAUCUGACACACGUGGGAAUUCUCCGAGUACCCCUGGCACCUGAGGAGGCCUGCAUUUAUGUGAACAGAGAUAAAGUUGGAAACAGCAGUGCUCAGAGAUCCAGCAUACAUCCGCUCCCAUCCUGGCAACCUAGCGACCCCCACAGGGCCCACCAGGAACAGCUGAUCACAUUCACUGGUUGUAAAGACUUGCCCAUAUCCAUGGCGGGCCCUCCGUCCCAGAGUGGACAUCAGUUCAAGUUGGCAGCUGAGGAUGUUACACGCUCCUCAGUGGUUGCACACCUGGGUCUUCUCCAUGGGAACUGCUAUGGGUUAGUACCCACUGUGGAUGCUCUGCCGGUCCAGUCACCAGUGCUUUGCCACCGCUCGAGUCCCUACCAGAACAUGGCAGCCAUAGUGAUUGAUACAGGCACAGGAUUUACCAAAUGUGGACUGGCCGGAGAGGACCAUGUCCUCAGUGUGGUGCCCUCGCAAGUCCAGAUGCUGCAGCAUUCAACCCAGGGCCAGCCCCAGUAUGUGGUACCCGAACAGCAAGAGGGCUCCUACUCUGUACUGAACCGAGGAGUGGUCUCUGACUGGGAUGCUCUAGAGGUGCUGUGGCAACACUUGUUCUACUGCAAGCUCCGAGUGCAGCCUGAGGAGAUGGCUGUGCUUGUGGCCGACUCCCCCAUCUCACCACGUACCAACAGAGAAAAGGUGGCCGAAAUACUCUUUGAGCGCUUCCGUGUGCCAGCAAUGCAGACAGUUCAUCAGGCUCUACUGACGCUCUAUGCUUAUGGGCGUACCACUGGCCUUGUGGUGGGAAGCGGCCACGGGACCUCCUAUGUGGCACCCAUCCUCACUGGGGACCUGGCUCCACUUGACACCUACCGGCUGGAUGUGGCUGGUGCUGAUCUCACUAAUUACCUGGCUCAGCUGCUGCUAGCAGGUGGCCACUCACCACCCAAGGCAGAAUUUGUCAGACAGAUUAAAGAGGCCUGCUGUUAUGUGGCUAUGGAUAUGGCAGCUGAGAUGGCCCGAAACCAGUCCCAGACCCAGGUGGAGUUUGUACUCCCAGAUAAGCAAGUUAUCACACUGGGCUCUGAGCGCUUCUGUUGCCCUGAGGCUCUCUUUCAACCCAAUCUGCUAGGUCUCAACCAGCCGGGCCUCCCACAGCUGGCCCUGCUAAGUAUCAGCCGGCUGGAGGCCAAGCAGCAGGAGCAGCUGCUGGCCAAUGUGGUGCUGGAAGGUGGUAGCACCCUGGUGAAUGGUUUCCCUGAGCGCUUGAGACAGGAGCUGGGCCCUGGUGCUACUGUUCUGGGUUCUCCCCACCGCGCAGUGGCUGCCUGGCUUGGGGGUUCCAUCAUGGCAUGCCGGAACUCCUUCCAAAGCCUGUGGCUCAGCCGCAGGGAAUACGAAGAGGAAGGCCCGUGGGCUAUCUACAAGUACCAGCUAUGA